UUUUUCUUUUUUUUAACAAGUUCAAGGCACGUAAAUAUAAUAAGUUAAUAAUAAUUUUGGUAUCAACUUUGUUCACAGAUGCUGCUUCUCAUUAUAAUUUGAUUGACUCUGCUUUCUUUCGUUUAUAUAAUAGAAAUGGCUCUUAUAUUGAUACAAAUGUUAGAAACGCUAGUGUAUUGCUACCUUACAUAGAAAAAAAUAAUAGUUUAUUAGUACUUUAUAUUACUGGCUAUACAUAUGACAUCGAUUCUGAGAAUGUUAAACUCAUAACGGGUGUGUAUUUAAAUUACACGCAGCAUAAUAUCCUAGCUCUUGAUUAUCGAAGUAUCACACAAGCAAAUUAUUUAACAGCUGUAUAUGCGAUUAACGAUCUCGGCAAACUUGUUGCUGAUGCUUUAAAUUCAUUGGUAAAUGGUGGCGUAGAUUCGGAAAUGAUACAUAUAAUUGGACACUCGCUAGGUGCACAACUUGCAGCAAGAAUUGCUCGCAAUGUGAACUUUGUAAUACCUAGAAUAACAGGUAUUCUUUAUAAUGAAUCUUUAUAUUUUUAAUGUCCAUUAAGUUUAAUGGC